AUGGGUCUCCCACUGUACGUUGCUCCGACCGAGGCCCAGCGGCGCCACAAAGCCAAUUGUCGCCCUGCUUCGCCUCAUGUCAACUCCUCCAUCCUCCGCGCAUACCGGCAAUCCCCAAACACGUUGCGCGAGAGUCGCCGACGUCGCGUCUUGGCUACGGUGGCAGCUCAUAACCUCAGUCAGUUUGAGCGACAACGCGAGCAGGAUGAGGCUCACGAGCAAGAACGACGCCGCGAGCAGGGAAUCAUCGGUCUCCCCAACUGGCCUCCGGCAGACGCUGGGGAGCAGAUCCUCCAGCAGUUCCUAGAACGCGCUCGACAGCCGGAGUUGACGCGAACACCUGGCACGCAUAUUAGUAGCAGCAGUGAAGUCCCUCCCAGAUGGAGGCCUUCUUUUUUGUCAGAAGACGCAUUGGGGGCGGCAGAACCGGAGGGUAACGCCGCUCGAUCGCCUCGAUCGCUUCCUCCCCCUCGUAACCAUAGGCCCGCGAGUGACGAUACUGUCUCGCCCAGCGACCUGUGGGGACCUCAGACCCAGGCAGCCUUUGGACAGGGACCCUCGAGUCCUUCCAACAUACUAUACGAUAUUUAUCACAGUGCUACCGGCGCGAACGACGGCAAUCUUGCCAGCUCUCGCUCGUAUGGUCUUGAUGGACAGGUGGAUCACGCGUUUGACGACUUCCUUGGCGAAAGCAACGGCGACAACGGCGGGAACCUCGAAUCGAUUGGUCGUCGGCAGACGUUUAGCAGCCGCCUUAUACGACACACCUCUUCUCUACGACGCUCACAUGAGUCUGCCCCAACGAGACGCUCUGUAGUGGGCUGGUCCGACCACGAUCCGAUAGGCCGACUACGCAGAUCGUCUCCGGCGCGAAACUCUGCACGUGCCAAUGCAAGCAACGGCAAUGGGGAUGCCGGCAACAUUGAUGGACACCAGGACAACAGCAGCAGCGCUGCCGCCAAUCGCCGACGUGCCUGGGAAAUACGAUACUACGAGCCGCACCCGUUGCCGUCGAUCCGGACGAUUCUGGGCAACCAGGUUGACGGGCUUGGCGACCGCAGCCGGAGCCUUAGCCCUGAAGGCGAUGGUGCUUGGGAUACACUGCUGACGACGCUAACGCCCGACCCCCAACCGCCGAGCUUAGGUUCGUCGUUUGCCUCUACCACUGCGCCGGCACCAGCUGCAAGGACAUCGUCGGCAUCUCCAACAAAUGGAGCGAGAACGGGCCCGCCUGCAAUUUUUCCAAGAGAGCCCGUCCCAGCCGUGGUGUCGCCGCCUGCAGGUAGCUUCACAUCUGGCGAUUUGUCUAGCACGUCGGCCAACACGUCGCAAAGAGUCCGGUCUCCUUUUACCGUCGUGUCGGCAUCGACCGAUACGGCGGACGAAUCUACCAUUUUGCCCGAAACGACCGGACUGGACGGAGACCUGGCUUUCGCGCCAGACGUGGGUCAAGAGCCAGGAUGCGAAGACUCGGAAAUGGAUGGCGAAGACCAGUACUUGGAUAUGACUCGGAAUCAUAGAACUCUCUUUUUCAAUGGAAGGGGCGAAUCGCAGCCUUGGGAGACGCGUGCCUUCGUGUCCUUUGCGGGCGGCCACGAUAUAGGCAACAGCAGUGGAGGCGAUACAGGCAACAUCAGCCGUGACCACAGCCACAGCCGUAGCCGUGGCCGUGGCCUCGCCAACGGCAACAAUAGCAGCAACAAUGGCGAUGAAUUGCUGGAGCGUCUUGGCAUCAGCGGGAUGCUGAACAUUGUACGUAAUCUGGCACGACGGGAAGACAUCCCCGACGAGCUUUGGGCUGAAGCUGGACUCAGCCGGACACUUGGUCGGGGGACAUCCAGCUGA